GAGGGAGGAGGGAGGGGAGCUCGCGGGCCAGAGAGGGGGCGACGACGGCAGCGGUGGCCUGAGGAGGCUCGGGUGGCGGCGGCGGCGGAGGCCGAGGAGGAGCCUGGAGAGGCGUGGCUGGACCAAGAUCUCCCCAGAUGUGAGCAGACUCCCUCCUCCCCCAACCACCUGUUGCUACCACGCCAGGGAAGGUCCUCAAGCCCUGGCCUUCAGGGGAGAGGUAACAGGAGCCCAGAGCCGAGACCAUGUGACGGCGCUGGCCCUUGCCACCGCCGUCCCCCCCACCCUGGCCCCAGGCCCGGCACCAUGAUGUUCCGAGACCAAGUGGGCAUCCUCGCUGGCUGGUUCAAGGGCUGGAAUGAGUGUGAGCAGACAGUGGCCCUGCUGUCACUUCUGAAGCGGGUCACCCGUACCCAAGCCCGCUUCCUGCAGCUCUGCCUGGAGCAUUCGCUAGCGGACUGCAAUGACAUCCACCUGCUGGAGUCAGAGGCCAACAGUGCUGCCAUCGUCAGCCAGUGGCAGCAGGAAUCCAAAGAGAAGGUGGUGUCCCUCCUGCUAUCCCACCUGCCCCUGCUUCAGCCAGGCAACACAGAGGCCAAGUCAGAGUACAUGAGGCUGCUGCAGAAGGUGCUGGCCUACUCGAUUGAGAGCAAUGCCUUCAUCGAGGAGAGCCGUCAGCUGCUCUCCUAUGCCCUCAUCCACCCGGCCACCACAUUGGAGGACCGUAAUGCCCUGGCCCUCUGGCUGAGCCACCUGGAAGAGCGGUUGUCUGGUGGCUUCCGCCCCCGGCCAGAGCCCUCCUACCACUCACGCCAGGGCUCAGAUGAGUGGGGGGGACCUGCAGAGCUGGGCCCUGGAGAGGCAGGGCCAGGUUGGCAGGACAAACCACCCCGGGAAAACGGACACGUACCCUUCCACCCAUCCAGUUCAGUGCCGCCAGCCAUCAACAGUAUUGGGAGCAACGCAAACACAGGUCUCCCUUGCCAAAUCCACCCUAGCCCACUGAAGCGCUCCAUGUCGCUCAUCCCUACAAGCCCUCAGGCCCCUGGUGAGUGGCCAAGUCCAGAGGAGCUUGGGGCCCGGGCUGCUUUCACCACGCCCGACCACGCACCCCUCUCGCCCCAGAGCAGCGUGGCAUCCUCUGGCAGUGAGCAGACGGAGGAGCAGGGCUCCAGCCGGAACACUUUCCAGGAGGACGGCAGCGGCAUGAAAGAUGUGCCCUCGUGGCUCAAGAGCCUCCGCUUGCACAAGUACGCUGCCCUGUUCUCACAGAUGAGCUAUGAGGAGAUGAUGACCUUGACCGAGCAGCACCUGGAGUCUCAGAAUGUCACCAAAGGUGCCCGCCACAAGAUAGCCCUGAGCAUCCAGAAGUUGCGUGAGAGGCAGAGUGUCCUCAAGUCCCUAGAGAAGGAUGUGCUGGAAGGCGGGAACCUGCGGAAUGCUCUGCAAGAGCUGCAGCAGAUCAUUGUCACACCCAUCAAGGCCUACAGCGUCCUUCAGGCCACUGUGGCCGCCGCUGCUGCCACCUCUACUGCCAAGGAUGGGGGCCGAGGGGAACCGCUGCUGCCAGGUGCUGAGCCUCCCCUCAUCCACCCCAGUACCGACAAGGGCACUGAGGCCAAGGACCCUCCAGCUGCGGAGAGCUAUCCCCCUCCACCAGCUCCAACUCCCACUGAUGGCAGUGAGCCAGCCCCGGCUCCCGUCGCCGACGGGGACAUCCCCAGCCAGUUUACACGGGUGAUGGGAAAAGUGUGCACCCAGCUUCUGGUGUCCCGACCAGAUGAGGAGAACAUCACCAGUUACCUCCAGCUCAUCGAAAAGUGCCUGACUCAUGAGGCUUUCACAGAGACGCAGAAGAAGCGGCUGCUGUCUUGGAAGCAGCAAGUGCUGAAGCUCCUCCGGACGUUCCCGCGCAAAGCUGCGCUGGAUAUGCAGAACUACCGGCAGCAGAAGGGCUGGGCGUUCGGCUCCAACUCGCUCCCCAUAGCUGGCUCUGUGGGGAUGGGGGUGGCCCGGCGGACCCAGCGGCAGUUCCCAAUGCCUCCACGGGCCCUCCCACCUGGCAGGAUGGGCCUCCUGAGCCCCUCAGGCAUUGGGGGCGUCUCCCCUCGACAUGCCCUCACUAGCCCCAGCCUGGGGAGCCAGGGCCGACAGAAUCUGUGGUUUGCCAACCCUGGAGGCAGUAACAGCAUGCCCAGCCAGAGCCGCAGCUCUGUGCAGCGCACCCAUUCGCUCCCAGUCCACUCGGCACCCCAGGCCAUCCUCAUGUUCCCUCCAGACUGCCCGGUCCCUGGGCCUGACCUGGAGAUCAAUCCCACCCUGGAGUCUCUGUGUCUGAGCAUGACAGAACACGCCUUGGGUGAUGGGACAGACAAAACCUCCACCAUCUGACGGGACCCACAGCCCAGCGCACCCAUAGGCUCCCUGGGCGGCGGGCGGGGCCAACCCCCAACGGGCUUCUCCGCACAGCGAGCGGGUGGGCUGGCUCAGCUACACAUUCUAAUAUUUUUCUACUCUCUCACCUCUUCAUUUUUGUUUAACACUGGCACACGCCUUGCUCACUCCCAGGCCCGUUGAGGGAUCUAUGCUGAGGCCGGGGGACAGAGAGGGCAGCCAGGAUACAGGGGGCAGGGACCAGCCAGACUGCCUGCCCCUUCCCUCCCGCAUCCUUCACCUGGUCCCAUCCCAUCCUCCCUCCUCCAGACUGCUGAGCACCUGCCUCUUCCUGAGGGAGCAGACUCCCCCAGAGAUAAACUGAUCAACACCCUGUGGAGCUGCUCUCCCCGCCCCCUGCCCUUCCCCAGUCCCAUUGCUCCCCAGGACAGGAGCCACCUCUCACCUCUUGCCCUGUUUAUCAGAGUUCUCUACAAUUAAUUUCUUAGGCCUAUUUAAGAUACAUAUUUAUAUAGUUCUUAACGGUUUUUCUCUCUGAUCAUUCCCUAUCAUUUUUAGCAUCCCCAGGCCUCUCUCUGAGCCAAGACAGUGGCAGGGGGAGCCUGAACUUUAUGAGGGGAGAGGGCAGAGCCUCCUCCUCCAGACCCCCUGCGCUCCCCACUCCCCAGCCCUGGCUCUCAGAUGCAGAGGUUGAAGGUGUGCAGCCAGGGCAUCGGUGAGGUCCGGAAGUCUGUUGCCUUAACGUCCCCUUCCCCCACCAACACACCGUUCCACUCCUAGGUCUGGUGGUGAAGGACUUGGGGGUUAGGAACAUGGGAAAGGGGAUUGUUUGGUUUUUGGGUUUUUUGCCCCCACACGCCCCCCCCUUCUUUCUUUCAGCCUUUCCCAUAUCCUCCCCCUUCUGUCAUGACCUCAUGUAAGCUGAACACUAUAUCAUAACCCAGAGGUGCGUCCCAGCCCCAGAGUCACACAGACCCUCUGGUCCCUGAUUCUGAUGAGGGUUUGUUCUGGGGCCUACGUGGAGGGGAGUGGACUUGGGGGUUCAGACCGUGGGGAAGCCAGUGUCCCCCUAUUCCAACCUCCUCUUACCCCCACAACUCACCCCUCUCACUGGGACAUUCUCAAGCUUUUCACACCUAAAAGGAAAAAAAAAUGUUAUUUUUAGAUACAUUUUAUGAAUAACUUUUGUUAUGAAUAUGGCUGGUAACCAUUGUGUAUGUUAUUAAAGAUACAAAAUGUUGGGAAAAA